ACAUUAGAUAACGAUCACCCAUUGGGCUAGUCCCUUAAUUACUUUGUAUUUGCUUUGCUCAUCUGACCUACCUAAUUGCUUGCCGUGAAACACCCAGCCUUAGUCUUAGAGCAAACUGGAAAUGCUACUGCAAUAGCAGGCAGCUCAUAAUGAAGAACCCACUUGCUGGCUGCAUGCAUGAUCAGGCAUACCAAGCGCUGAAAGGGUAUUCUAAAAAUGGAGAUAAUUACUGCAAGCAACUCUUAUCUAUCCUUCAACAGAGGACUAGUUUGGAGAUUACAUAUGGUAAAGGACUGGAGAAAUUGGCAAACAAGCUUGCCAAAAUGCUGACUAAAAUAAAAGUGAACUAUAUUCAUAGUACUUCGCUUUGUGUUUCGGAGGAGCUGAAAUCUGAAUCAGAUUUGCACAGAAAGCUUGGCAAAGCCAUUCAGACAGAAGCAAUAAACCCAAUGAAUCGUAUCCUGCAGGACCACGAGAAGAAGAAAAAAAUAGUAGAUAAUACCGUUGAAAAGGCAGCCGAAGCAGUUACCAGCAACUGGCGUCAACAGUUAAAGGCCAAGAAGAAAUUAAAAGAACUGACCAAGGACCAUGAAGCACUUUUCCGCAAUACAGAAAGCUCCCACCCAUUGGCUUCCCCAAAGAGCAAAAGAAAGUUGCUCAGAAACCUAGAAAAAUCUGCUAUCAAACUGGCAAAGGAAGAUGAAGACUAUUACAAGAAGAACUUAACCGCCUGUGAAACUCGUGUGAAAUGGGAGCAGACAUUAGAAAAUGGGCACCAGAGCAUUCUUGACCUUGAGAAAGACAGACUCCUGCUUCUCUGCAAUACAUUACAUCGUUACAGCCAGCUUCUUUCUCAUUUUGGACAAAGCCUCACCGCGUGCCAUGCAAAGGUUCACAGUGUUGUCGCUGAAGCAGAAGCUGACAAGGACGUGCAGAUGUUAGUGAACGAAAUGUCAGUAACUGCUGCAGAGACCAAGCUCGAACUCUUGUUAACGGACUACUAUGAAGAAGAUAUGAUGAGCCUAAUUGAAAAAGAGAGGAGACAAACUGCCAUUAAAGCGAAAAUAACACGGGUACAAACAGACUUGGAGAAGGCCCUACAGGACAAAACAGGCUUGGAACGGAUGCUUCAGGCUUACAAAGAAACCCCCCAGUUUUCAGAUGCAAAGAAUAUAAAUGAUACCAUUGCGCAGCUUAAUGAGGCAACAUUGAAAGCUUCCCUUCUGCAAGCAAAUCAUUUCAAAUUGGAGAGUGCACUUGCUGAAAUUGAAAAGAAGCCUAAACCAUCUCAUCUCUGCAAUGACUGCAUUUCAAAAUGGAAAGAAAAGGACUGUCUACAUAGUUCUGUGACCAUCACUUGCCCUGUUACAAUGAAGAGCAUUAAGCAGACCUUGAAAAUGAGGAACACCGGUGAAUCUGGGAUUAGCUCAAGCUGCCUGCCAGAAACGGGGAGCAGCGCGAAUUCAACCACCUCCUUGCAACGGAAGAAUUCAGAAAGCAGAACGUGUCGAGCUGUGUAUGAUUACCAUGCAGAAAGAGAGGACGAGCUUUGCUUAAGUAAAGGCGAUGUAAUUGUAAUUCAUCACAAAGACAAGAGUGGCUGGUGGUACGGUUCUAGAAAGGGGGAAAGAGGCAAUUUUCCUGCUACAUAUGUGGAAGAAGUCACUCUGUCGACCGACAGGAGAGACGAAGAACCUUCUCUUUAAAACAAAAGGAAAAAUAAUCAGCCCAACAUGGAUAACAAAUCCAACAGACAUGUUUCUAUGCUCGGAACAGAAGCCAAAGAAUAAUCUUCUUUAUUUAUAAGAAGCUCUGAAACAGAUAUUUGGUGAAUUAGCAUUGGAACAAAACAAUUAGAGACAACUUCCAUUGAAUCCCUUUUAAAUGAUACUAACUCUUAAAUUAUUACGUUAACCAGUCAUUUAAUGAAUUGUUGGGAGAUCUUUGCGAUACAAUGAAAGGGAAGCUGACAUUUAUUUCUGAAAUAGAAGAGGAAGUCAAUUUACCAUAGAUCAUUCAUAAAUGGAAUUGGCACCACGUAAUCAAAUUCUACACAAUGUUUCCCCCCCCCCCCCAGACUCAUAAGACUUUAGAAGGACAUGAAGAUAAUAGCAUUCCCUAUGGCAAGGCUGAGCAAACCAGAAAUUUGUUCUGCCAGAAGAUACAAGACUUCCAAUUUUCAAAUAUAUCCCCUUGAGGGGAUCCUAAGAUUAUUGUUUUGUUGCAUAGUGAGGUAGGACAAUCAUCCAACAGAUGACUGGUUACUAUUUCCUAAUUCUAUUAAGUUAUAGUUAGAUAUGUUACAUUUGAAACCUAUUCUUCUUUCAAGAGUUAUGUGCAGCACACCUGGUUUUCAACCUAGGCCUAUUUUGUUCUCACAACCACCAUCUAAGCCCAGGUUACAUUAAAAAAAAACAAAAAAAAAAAAC